ACUCGCCUAACAGGGCGGUGGUUGGCUGGCUCAGGGAUCCAAGACACCAGCUGGACCCUCUCACCUUCUCCACUGACGGAAGCCGGGAAGUAGGAGCCUUGAGCCCUCAGGCUAACGCUGACCCCAAGCCACUCCUCACCUGGACAGGAUGAGAAUAUCAGUACUGCUUCGCUUCCUGACCCUCAUUUUUGUCCUGAUCACCUCAUGGAUCAUUAUCCAGAGCUAUAUCAGCUUCAGCAUGAAAACCAUCCGUCUGCCCCGCUGGCUGGGUUCAGUCUCCAAGGAGAGCAGGGUCGUGAAGACCAAGUGUGACCUCAGCAAGCCCUGCCCAAACAACUUCUUUGCAUUUAAAAUCCUCAGCGGGGCCGCCAAUGUCGUGGGCCCCUCCAUAUGCUUCGAAGACCGCAUGAUCAUGAGCCCUGUGAAAGACAACGUGGGCAGGGGCCUGAACAUCGCCCUGGUGAAUGGGUCCACGGGAAUGGUGCUGAGACAGAGCUAUUUCGACAUGUAUUCUGGAGAUCCUAUGCUCCUGGUGAAAUUCCUUAAAGAAAUUACAGAGGACAUGCUGGUGCUAGUGGCCUCCUACGAUGACCCAGGGACCAAAAUGAACGAUGAAAUCAGGGCACUCUUUGCCAACUUGGGCAGCUCCUACGCAAAGCAGCUGGGCUUCCGGGACAGCUGGGUCUUCUUAGGGACAAGAGCCAUCAAGAAUCACAGCCCCUUUGAGCAGUUCUUAAAGAACAACCCCGACACGAACAAAUAUGAGGGCUGGCCAGAGCUGCUAGAACUGGAGGGCUGUGUGCCCCAGAAGGUGUUCUAGGGCUGCUGCAGCUCCUCCUGGGUUGCCGCAAGCUGGACUGGCUGGAGCUGAAGGACAGCGAUGGACAAGGGACCAAGAGACUGGUCGUGGCAGCAUGGAGAUCCUGAGGGUCCUUGCGCCCCCUGCGCACUUCCCCUUUUCAAGAACAAAAGCCAUUGCUUGGGCUGAGGCGGCUGUCCUACCUGGAGAUGGCCAGCUUCAGAGGGUCCUUCCGGGGCCACUGCUUGUGGAGAAAACAGGUGGGCUUCCCCUCAGGAUCUCUGACUAUUGUCCCUGUGAAAGAAUGGACUGCC